AUGAAUGCCUCACCAGACAAGAACAUACGACGAUUGCGGUCGCAUCAGCAAUUGUCCAGCGCUGCUCGAAAUUCGUACCAGACCAGCUUGAAGAACACUUCGAGUGUUCGACCCGCUCGUGAUCAACUGCUGCCUCAAGCGAAGACGACGGAUUCAUUGCCUACACGAACGCGAGCUAGUAGCGAUGCGCCAGUCCCUUUCGAACGUACUCGACUGCAAAGAAAACCUCUCCAGACCAUCUUACAACCCAGCAAUGGACAUGCACGAAAAUCGAGUUUGGAAGUGACCUUGAGGGAUGGACCUGCACCAGGAACAAAGCCUGCAGCGUCACUGGGUCUGUUGCGGCACUCCAUCCUGAUGUCUGGCGUACAAGCAACCAAAGAAGGAAUGUCAGACUACCGAAUAUAUCUAUGGUUGACGCUUCUCAAUCUUGGACCUCUGCCGACCGACAACUAUCUGACCCAAAUCCAUCGAGGCCGAUCGCCAGCCCACGAAAAGAUUGCCAACGACGUGUUUCGUACAUUAGCAACAGAUGCACUCUUCAAGAGACGGGUCAGUGAUGCAAGCUUGACCAGGGUGCUCAACGCAACGGCAUGGCGCAUACUUGACUCGCAGAAAGCUAUCCCAUCCGAAUCGCCUGUCAUUCAGUCCACUUACAUCCAAGGCAUGAACGUGCUUUCUGCACCAUUUCUGUACGCAGCCAGAUCUGAAGCGCAAGCUUAUGCUCUACUUACCUGCCUGUUAAGUGAGCAUAUUCCGACUUAUGUAACAUCGACCAUGUCUGGCGUGCAUGCUGGGCUGGAACUCAUUGACAAGAUUCUGGCUACCAUCUCUCCUAAACUGUCACAGUUCCUAUUAUCGAACUCACUUCCAGCCAAGAUCUAUGCUUUCGCACCGGUCUUGACACUAUGCGCAUGCACACCACCUCUGCCUGAGGUCCUCAAACUAUGGGACUUUCUGUUCGCAUUCGGCACUCACCUAAAUGUUCUCUGCAUUGUAGCUCAGAUCAUGAUGAUGAAGGACAAGCUCUUGGAAAGUCCGAGCCCUGGAAAACUGUUGAGAAGUUUCCCCAACCUCAAUGCAGAGGAGAUCAUCAAGGGGACCUUGCUCAUUGUGCGCGACUUGCCCGAGGACAUCUACGCUGAAGUCGUCCGCCAUGGCCGUGUUUGA